AUGCAGCAUGGACAAAUAGAUGGAAGAGUCGUCAGGACCGUUAGAAACCUCAAAAGGAUGAACACUGGUAGCUCAUUAUCAGAUUCCCCAUCCACAAGAACAAGCACUCCAGGCCCCGAUACACAGAUUUUAGACGUCAUUUCGAACCGUGAAGAAAUUAAACAGUUCCUCCUUUCCUAUGAACUUUCCCCAGAAACAUUUUACAAUAUAACCCGAAAUGAUGAAAAAAUCAUAAGGGACAUCUUAAUGGAGCCUGUAUUAAGUGAUACUAUCAUGAUCCGCAUACAGGAAAAAGUUGAAGAGUACCAAUCCCUUCAGCAGAUUGAACAAGCUAAAAUUAGCAUGUCGGCGAAAAUAAAAGAGCGCAUUGAAAGUCUCCAGAGGCGACUGAAUGAAUAA